GGCUCCCGUCAUCCCUCUCUGCUCAGCCCCCCUCCCUCCCCCCUCCCCAAGCCCACCUGCGCGCGCUCCCGACGCCGCCUCCCCCUCCCCUCCCUCCCCCGCUUCCUCGGCGGCGGGAAAUCCCGCGCUCGCCCUGCUUGGUCCUGGUGGCGGCGGAGAAGGAAGGAGAAGGCGGCGAGGGGAGGAGGAAGAGGAGGAGGAGGGGGAAGAGCCCCCCCCCCCCGCUUCCUCCGAAUGGAGAGGGGGAGAAGGGCUUCCUCCUCCCCAAUUCGCCUCUGAAGCCGGGAAGGCUGCUGCUGGUGCUGCCAGAUCAGAGUAGAUGUCCCUUGCAAAGAGAUGCUGGAUCAGAACGUUCUCAUGGAAAUGCAGGCCUCAUUCACCAUGGAUACUGCUCCAGAUAGGAGAAACAGGGAGCCACGAGAAAAAGAACACCCUGGGAAGAUGUCAGUCCUGCUUCCAGCUGACUUAACCAUUUGGGGAGCAAAACAUUAUGAUAUGUUAUUCUGCUGUCACCCUGAUAUGGCUGCCUGAUAAUUUGUCUAAUUGAUGUGAGUCUGCAUGAGUUUUUGCCAGAAAGCCUAUAAGAAAGAUUACCUGCCAUUCUGUGAAGGAUGUUCCUAUCACACAAGAAGAAGAUAAAUAGAAACACAGAGAGAAUUUUACCUGAAAGAAAGAAACACAAAAGUUUUUUUCAAAAGUACUUUCAUAGGUGUUAAGAAUAAGUUUGAACAAAUGGCAAUUCCCCAGUGGUGCAGCUGAGAAUGCAUUUGAGGGUUUUACGCAUGUGAGCCUUGCUCCGUAUAUAGCAACAUCUUCUGGAUUUAUCAUUAUGCCAGGUCUAUUCUACUGCAGAGCUGCUGGAACCUGAGGAGGCCACAUGAAAUAUCUUGCUCAUCUGUCACAACUUUAUUUUGUGAGAACUACUGAGGCCUAUUGGAUAGGAUGCUGUCCCUGAUGAAUGUAGGCUUCCACUUGUAGCAACAAAAGGAAGCCAGAAGGAGAGUGUGGGUGGUUCCAUCAUCUCACCAUGGUGCUUCCACCUCCAGACAAGCGUCAUGUGUGUCUCACCACUAUUGUUAUCAUGACGAGCAUGGCCUUCAUGGAUGCUUAUCUGGUGGAGCAGAACCAAGGUCCCCGUAAGAUUGGUGUUUGCAUCAUUGUCUUGGUGGGAGACAUCUGUUUUCUGAUUGUGCUGCGCUAUGUAGCUGUCUGGGUGGGGGCUGAGGUGAAGACAGCCAAGCGUGGCUAUGCUAUGAUUCUUUGGUUCCUCUACAUCUUUGUGCUGGAAAUAAAACUGUAUUUUAUAUUCCAGAACUACAAGGCUGAUAAGAGAAACCUAGACACAGUGGCUAGGAAGGCACUGACCUUGCUUCUCUCAAUCUGUGUUCCUGGGCUGUAUUUGGUGCUCGUGGCUUUGGAUAGCAUGGAAUACAUACGCACCUUCCGGAAGAAAGAGGAUUUGAGGGGGCGUCUUUUCUGGGUGGCUUUAGACCUCCUGGAUAUUUUAGACAUUCAGGCCAAUCUGUGGGAGCCACACAAGACUGGUCUGCCAAUCUGGGCAGAAGGGCUCAUGUUCUUCUACUGUUACAUUCUGCUCCUGAUCCUGCCUUGUGUUUCCCUCAGUGAGAUUAGCAUGCAGGGGGAACACAUUGCUCCACAGAAAAUGAUGCUCUACCCUGUCUUGAGCCUAGUGACCAUCAACAUUGUCACCAUAUUCAUUCGGGCCGUUAACAUGGUUCUUUUCCAAGAUAGCAGGGUCUCCACCAUUUUUAUUGGCAAGAACAUAAUUGCCAUUGCCACCAAGGCCUGCACUUUCCUUGAGUACAAGAAGCAGGUGAAGGAAUUUCCACAAAAUGCAAUUGCACUUGAGCUGCAGCAGAACUCAGUGUCUCACAACCAGACUGUCCAUAGUAACCAAGGCAUUUCUCAUGAGCAAUCCCCCACCAGGGAGAUCUUGAACACAUGAUGAGGCUCCUUGGACAUCAGCACUUGCUCAUGUUUUCCUAGGGGCAGGGGAGGAAGAGAGGGACUUGCUCUCAUCCCAGCAUGGAGAGCUGCCCCGGCACAAGAUAUGGAUCAAAUGAGAGAACAUCCUCUGCAUCUCAGGUAUUUCUAAGGGGCCCUCUGGAAAGAAAACAAAGCCAAAUGAACCUUCCAUGGAGAACAAGCCCCAGCAUCUGAUAUUUUCUAUCUGUUUGUUACCUGUGCUUUAACAUGUCAGGAAUGAAGAUUUUUGUUCUCAUGGCCUGAUUUUUAAGAAGAGGGUGGGAAGGGGUGGGAAAACCAGGACUGGAACUUGGACCAGUGUACUUGUAAACAUUGGUGUCUUAUUUAGUAUGUUUGUGCUUACAGUUUAAUUCCCCCUCCAAGAAGCCGCCCACUGAAUCACUACUGGGAACUCCAGUUGGAUUUGGACAAUUUUAUAAUAUUUAUCUAAUGACUCAUUUUAUUGCUCUGUUACAUCUGCGUUUGGAAAGUGGGAACAUUCUUGUACUCACUCAAGAAAUGUGAAAGAGUGUGGUUGGGAAAAUGGGCCAAAAUGUGACACAGCUUCAAUGAGUACAGUACUAUUUGACAAAAGCCAUUCUGAUGCUUUAUCAAAUUAUUCAGCACAAGAUUUCUGGUUUUAUUUUUUAAAAGUAUUCCUUUUUCCACUCUCUCUUACACUCUCCCUGACCACCCCUCAGGGAAAGCCUUAGGUUGUUUGUCAGGGUUUACCAGGUAGUUGGGCAGAGUUGCUGACCAGUGAAAGUUGCAGCCCUCAGGAUCAUGCAGAUUUGCUUUAAUUCCAGCAGGAGCUGAUUUUCUAAUGAGUUUGGGGGUUUUAAAAAAUAAAUGAUACAACCUUUCUCUAAAAUAUGGCAGGACUUGGAGCUAAUCACUUCAUCUGGGUGCUAUAGGAUCUGCUGGAGAAGAGAAAUGGGCAGCAGGAGCCUGAUAAAAAUGUACAGAAAAUAAAACUGACUCCCAAGCAGCAUGGUAGGCUGGUGACUGCUUCCUUCUUGGAAUCAUCUCCCAUAAACGCUCCCCACUCUUGUCCUUUCAUACCCCCAAAAUCUUUCCAGCCACAAUACCCCUUGCUGUACUGAAGCCUUACCGCGUUUUGCAUCCAGCCACAUUGCUUCCAUCAUAUGAAUGUGCCUCCUUUUCUUCUUAGGGAGAGAAGACCUAGUGAUGCUUAGGCUGUGAACUGCAUGAAAUAAGGGAUCCAGUGUGGAAAUUUGCUAUCAUAUCCCAGGGGUCAGGCUACAAGUUGUGUUUGAAUUUUAAUUAGAUUUUACUAUUAGUUUUUAAUAUUUAGUCUCAGCAUCAGAAAAUAAAAUUCAAACAUGUUUUGAGCAAGUUCUGAAAUACCAGUCAGAAGAGGCAAGGCUUGAUGUUCCAUGAGCCCAUGAGGGAAACAGAGAACACAGGCAUUUUCCCUAUAUGAUGCCAUGUAUUUUUAUAUACUUCUGUCUCUGCAGGUGAUGACCAGUUGUUGUAUAAUUCAUUAUUCUUUAAAGCUGAAGAAAAUAUGGCAUCCUGAGGUUCAGUGUCAGAGUAAAGGUCCUAUCUUACUGCUAGAUGAAAUAUUCACAAAAUAAUGUUUAGUAGUGGGAAAAUAGGAAAAUAUUGAAAUGAAGAGUGAGCACAAGAGGCGAAGAGAUGGCACAUUCUGGGAAAUGCAGAUGAUGCUCAGGGCCAGUCCACAGCAGUCUUGCUCGGUUAGAGGCCAGAGAGUUAGGCAUUCACACACACACACACACCACACACUACCACCACUUAUGGUUUCUUCCUUCAGUACUUACGACUUCUACACAUUCACUAUUCUGACCCUACGAGUAGAGGAUUCCAGUAUUAUCAGGCUCCUGCCAUCUCUGUAGACUAAUUAUAUGGAAAUGCCAGGGCCUCUUCUGGUUCAGAGGGAGGCAUUCUUGGGCUGUCACAUGCCUGUAAAGUGACACAGCUCACUCCAGGGGGAUGUUUGGUCAUUGCACAGGGCUUUUAAUUUUUAUUUUGUUUGGAGACAGUUCAGUUUUUAUGUAAUAAAGGCUUCUGGACACCUA